GCCGGCGGCCAUGUUUUCGUGUUGACGAAAUCGAGUCGUUCUUUUUGCAUGUUUUAUCAUGUUAACACAUCUAUAACGUCAAAAUAACAUAUUUAUAGAUAAAAAUGGGUAGAUCAAGAAGUAGAAGUCGGUCGUCUAGUAAACAUAGACACCGAAAUAAGCACAAAAAGCGUAGAACGCGCUCCAGAUCUCGCGACAGAAACCGAAAAACCAGCAGCACUGCCAGCAGACACACAACGAGAUCGCGCAGCAGGAGCAGAGAUCGUCGAAACGACAGAGAUCGUAAAAGCUCCAAAGCUAGCAGAAAACGUUCAUAUUCAUCGAGUAGCAGCUCAAGUACUGAUGAAAGCGACUACUCAAAAGAACUCACCAAAAAGAUUGAAGAGGCCAAGCGGCGAGAAGAGGAGGAGAGAAAUCUGGAACAGGAACGCCAGCGGCUUAUUCGACAGAAAGAAAUGGAAGAAAAAUUAAUAGAGGAGGAGGUAGCCAAGAGGGUGGAAGAACUGGUUGCCAAGAGGGUGGAGGAAGAACUUGCCAAGCGAAGUGAGGAGAUCGAAGAAGAGGUCCUGCGGAGAGUCGAGGAGGCAAAAAGCAUCAUGGAAAAACAGAUGAUGGAGGAGUUAGAGAAACAGCGGGCUGUAGAACUGGAGAGCCAGCGUGUAAAAGAGGAAGAGGAGAUGAAAAAGAGGGCAGACCUUGAACAAAUUAUGGAAGAGAAUAAUCGAAAAAUAGAGGAGGCACAAAAGAAAUUGGCCGAAGAGCAGCUUAAACUCGUCGAAGAUCAGCGCAAAAUGUUAGAAGAGCGUCAAAAGCUUGAAGAUGAGCAGCGCAAGAAAAAACAAAAAGACCAGGAGGUGAUACUCAACAAAAAGAACGCGAGGGGAAAAAUCUCGUUUUCGCUCGGCGGAAAAGUAUGAUGCUUGAUGAGGGGUUAGGAUGCUCGUAAACUGAGUGAUGUGCACUCUCUUCAACACGUUAGCGUGUCCUUGUUCGUAGCUCUGUCCGCCUCUAGUGUCCUCGGUUCGUGCCGUUUUGUUUAUGAGCUUGUGUCAUGUUCUCGAAACCAACAAGGUUGGUGGGUUGUUCUGCUGUGUGGCGAAUUCUCGGAAGAUUUCAAGUGUAUGAUGCAAUUGUUUGUGAAUACCGCGCUGAUGUCAUCUGAAAAUGGAAUCAUUCUGAUGAGGAUUGGGAGCAGGUGUGCCAGUGUGGGUGUGGGGACGAGGUGGUUUCGUGUCAAAUUCAAAUGACGAUAGUUCUACCUUCGUGGAACAAGAUGGAAGAACAAUUCACUGCCUCUGGGCACAUUCUACAGCUGAGGAUGAACUACUAGACUUUGUGGUGUUUGUAAAUAUUUCAUCCGCAUAGAGUGAUUUGAUAGUCUCAGACUUUUAAAAAGCAGUUUUGCGCUAUGCUGCCAGACUGUCGAUAAUAAAUGAUGCUUGAUUUAUCCAAAUCUUUUAAGCAAUGAAGGAUGCAAUUCAAAAUGCCAAAGAUUAAAACCCCAAAUCAUAAGGGUCUGUGUUGAAAUACCAAAACCCACAAGAAUUUCAAAGGAAAUCUGGUAUUGCCUGAGAUGGUUUGCUACCUUACAUGUAACAUGGAUCAACGCUGAGGGUUGAAUUUCAAUCCUAAUUGCCUCCUCAUCAGUGAAUUGAUCACAACCCAAUACUUGAAUCAGGCAGUUUGAAUAACAUCAUUAUUUGCUUUCUGACUUGGAAAAUGGAAAAUAAACUUGAUGAAUGAUAGUCAGCUUAUGAACUACAGGUUUGUAUUUAGUAGAUGUGAGGGGAAAAUGUUGGCGUAUUUUGGGGAAUUGGCCCGGCUAGGGGUUGUGGGAGGGGGGUUGGUUCCUCGGAAUUGACUAAGCCUGGGGUUUUACGGGUGGGAACCUAUCUGUCUUGGGGCUCGAUGCUGUCAAAACUAAUUGUUGUAGCAGUGCAAAGGGAAGGAAAUUGGGUGGGGGAUCAUCAGAUUUCAAGCUUUCAGUUCAGGAUUGCUCAAAUUGAUGGGACUACUUAAUUUGGACUCGCCUUUCACAUAUCUUAAGGAUAACUAAUUUGUUUGAUUGUACAUACCGGUACAUACUGUGUUGAAGAUAUUAAGCCAGUUGAGUGGCGCCUGUCACACAUAGUCCUAUUGCAUGUAUAACAGACCUUUUUACAGGUGCCAUUCAACCAGCUUAAUUCCGUCGACACAGUAUUUUUCUUACAACACAUUUCAAGGGGCAGUCCAUUUAUGCAUUAAGUGUGGUUAAAAUUCAGGGACACUUGGAAAUAGGGAUGCUAAAGAGGGGCUAUAUUGGCAAAAGGUGGUAGCAGUUGUUAGCGGUCCAAUACAAUAGAUAACCUUGACAUGGACUGGAAAUCUAUUGGCUAGUCGACCGUUGCUGACUUCAGGAUUUAUGUCAUGCUGUUGACAGUCAGGCAAGGAUCCUAGGCGAGUUGUCUCCUGAAGAAGCUAUUUCGCCGUUCAUCCUUUGGCCCUACCUGUUUGACUUCCAAAGCCAGAAGUGGCGACAACUUCUAUUUGUAGGGUCCUUGCCUGACUGGUUGUAGGGAAUAUGAAGAGGAUGAUCGAUGUAGGUGUCUGCUAGAGAGCCUAAACCAAAGAGUUUUCUGGGUAUCUUUAUGGUCAAAACGCAGCCACAAAAGCUGACCUUAGAAAAACUGUGCUUGUGGGUGUGUUGAACUUGGCAUGUAUGUCACCUUUGGGGAAAGGUUUCAAGCAUGCACUUGGAAAUAUAUUGUUGAGUGGGGGGAGGGGGGUGUUAGGGCAUUUCUGUGCUGUUCAGUUUCUCGUUUCACGCUCCUUUACCAUUCUAGAAAUUUGCUUCUGUGUAAUGGCAUGCAUCACAUACAGAAUAAACUUUUUUUCAGAAAAA